AUGGGCGAAGCCGACAAUUACUACAAUCCGAACCAGCAGCCGCCGUACGGCUACUCCAACGGCGGCGGCUAUCAGCAACAAUACCAACCUCAACCUCCCCCCGCGACACACCAGCAACAAUACCAACAACCGCCUCCUCCCCAGCAGCAGCCCUACCCUCCCCAGAAUGGCAACGGCUACAUGCCCGCCCAAGGCUACGGCGGCAACGAAAAGGCCUCGUUCGAAGAGCAGUUCAAGAUCCCCAAGCCAAAGUGGAACGAUCUCUGGGCUGGUAUUCUCUUCAUCCUCUUCAUGGCCGGCUACGUCGUCGUCUCUGGCAUAGCACUCCAGGGAUACGCUGCGAAUAAGGGCAACGCUGGAUCGGGGAUUUAUGGUAAUAAGAAUGACUUUUCGCUGAACACGAGUACGGUUAUUUUGUUCAUGUUUGUCCUCGCUGUUGCGUUUGUGCUCUCGUAUGCGUACGUUUGGAUGGCGCGGUUGUUUCCGAAGCAGUUUAUCUGGGUCACUGGUAUUCUCAAUGUCUGCUGGGCUCUUGGAACAGCUAUCUUUUACCUCUGGCGCAGAUACUGGUCUGCUGGAAUUGUGUUCCUCAUCUUUGGACUUUUCAUGGCCUUCUGCUUCUGGACGUGGAUUUCGCGAAUUCCCUUUUCGGCGCUGAUGCUUCGAACUACCAUCGACGUUAGCAAGAAGUAUGGUCAUGUCUAUCUCACCAGUUUGAUUGGAGGCAUCAUCGCCACGGCCAUGUCAGCUUGGUUCUCGAUCACUCUUGUCGCCAUCUACAUCAAGUAUCAGCCUGCGAACGAUAACCCCUCUUGCGCUGAUGGCGGCUGCGGCAAAGGCAAGGUCAUCGGCCUGAUCGUCUUCAUCACGUUCACCAUGUACUGGUUCUCUGAGUGGCUCAAGAAUACUAUCCACACUACAAUUGCCGGCGUCUAUGGCUCUUGGUACUUCAACCCUCACAACUUCCCCAAGGACGCCACCCGCGCUUCUGCCAAGCGAGCCUUGACCUACAGUUUCGGUUCCAUCGCCUUGGGUAGCUUGCUAGUUGCCAUUAUCCAGUUUGUCCGUCAGAUCUGCCAAGCCGCUCGUAACCAGGAGGCCGCUGAUGGCAGUAUGUUGGGAUACGCUUUGUUCUGUUGCAUUGGCUGCCUCCUUGGUAUUUUGGAGUGGGCUGUUGAGUUCAUCAACAGAUAUGCUUUCUGCCACAUUGCGCUUUACGGCAAGGCUUACUUUGCGGCUGCCAAGGAUACAUGGAAGAUGAUUAAGGAUCGCGGAAUUGACGCUCUGAUCAACGACUGCCUCAUCGGACCCGUCCUUUCAUUCGGCGGCCUCUUCAUCGCCUACGCUUGCGGCCUCCUGGCCUACCUGUACCUCUACUUCACCGACCCCCCUUACAACAGCGACGGCCAAUACACAGCAGUCGUCAUGGCAUUCGCUGUCCUUAUCGGUUUCCAGAUCGCUAACAUCUUCACCACCCCGAUUUCGAGCGGUGUCGAGACAAUCUUUGUUGCUGCUGGUUGGGAUCCUCAGGUCAUGUGGCGCGACCACCCUGAGCUUUACCAGGAGAUGUGCAGAGUGUACCCCAAGGUUCAGCAGGUCAUUCACGACCGAUAA